UGUUACUUGUUUAAACUUGUGAAACAGAUAUUGAUUCUGGAUGAAGCUGAUCGGUUGUUAGACAUGGGAUUCCAGAAACAGGUAAGUUCAAUCAUAUCUCGCUUACCAAAGCUUCGGAGGACCGGCCUUUUUUCAGCUACUCAAACUGAAGCAGUUGAAGAGCUAGCCAGAGCAGGAUUAAGGAAUCCUGUGAGGGUAGAAGUGCGAUCCGAAAUAAAAAGACCAAAGGAUGUAACCUCUUCACAGCAAAUUGCCUCUUCUAAAACUCCUUCAGGGCUCCAAAUGCAGUAUUUUCAGUGUGAAGCAGACCAGAAACCUCAACAGCUCAUUGAUCUUCUCCUAAAAAACAAAGCCCAGAAAAUAAUUAUCUAUUUCAUGACUUGUGCCUGUGUUGAUUACUGGGGAGCUGUACUUCCACGACUUUCCUUAUUGAAAGGAUUCUCUCUGAUCCCUCUUCAUGGAAAGAUGAAGCAGGCUGCAAGGGAGAAGGCAUUAUCAUCAUUUACAUCUCUUUCAAGCGGCAUUCUUCUUUGCACUGAUGUAGCAGCCCGAGGGCUUGACAUUCCUGGUGUUGACUGCAUUAUACAGUAUGACCCCCCACAGGAUCCUAAUGUGUUCAUACACAGAGUUGGCCGAACUGCCCGAAUGGGACGACAAGGAACUGCUAUUGUGUUCUUGUUACCAAAGGAGGAGGCAUACAUUGAAUUCCUCAGGAUAAGGAGAGUUCCACUCGAAGAGAGACAAUGUUCGGAUGAGGCUCCCGAUAUCAUACCCCAGAUACGUUUAGCAGCCAAAAAGGACCGUGAAAUUAUGGAGAAAGGAGUCAAGGCCUUUGUAUCUUAUGUUCGUGCUUAUAAAGAACACCAAUGUUCUUUUAUCUUCAGGUGGAAAGAUCUUGAAAUCGGGAAGUUGGGGAUGGGAUAUGGACUGUUGCAGCUCCCAGCGAUGCCUGAAGUAAGGCACUACUCUCUAUCCACCCAAGGUUUUGUUCCCGUUGAAGAUAUAAAACUGGAGGAUAUCAAGUACAAAGAAAAGUCUCGGGAGAAGCAAAGGAAGAAAAACCUGGUAGCGAAACAGGCUGCAAAAGAGCAAAAAAAGCAGCAGUCAAAAGCAACGACGAAAGCUUCUAGCUCUGUGGCCACAAGUAAGAAAACAGCCAAACAGAGACGAGCAGUUCAAUCAACAGAUGAUGCAGAUGAGUUAGAACGGGAUUAUCGCCUCCUGAAGAAAUUGAAAAAAGGUAGGAUCGAUGAAAAUGAAUUUGCAAAAUUAACUGGAACAGAGGAAUUAUGAUACUGGGAAUAGGAAGGGGUUGUUGCGCGAACAGCUACAUACGAAUAGUAAGAUGAUGACGCGGUUUCGUUGAGAUGAGGUGACAAGAUUAACAAUAUUUGCAAAAGAGGUUGCGCGAACAGCUACAUAUGAAUAGUAAGAUGAUUACAUCAUAUCUGAACAACGUGGUUUCGUUGAGAUGAGGUGACAAGAUUAACAAUAUUUGCAAAAGGGGUUGUUGCGCGAACAGCUACAUACGAAUAGUAAGAUGAUUACAUCAUAUCUGAACAAUGCGGUUUCGUUGAGAUGAGGUGACAAGAUUAACAAUAUUUGCAAAAGGGGUUGUUGCGUGAACAGUUACAUACGAAUAGUAAGAUGAUAUUACAUCAUAUCUGAACAACACGGUUUCGUUGAGAUGAGGUGACAAGAUUAACAAUAUUUGCAACUGGUGUCAGCUUUGUUUUGUUGAUGGUUUGUAUCCAGUCAUUAGCGGUUCAACUUGAGCUGAUAGUUUUUGUAGGAAUACUUCCAUAGACGUCGGAUUUCAUGUAUCUUAGUUUGUAAUUUAGUUGAGAAUGGUCAUCUAUUUUUUACUGCAUGCUUUAGUUUUU